AAAAUGGCAGAUGGGAAAAAUGAGGGGAAGAAAGGAUGCGUAAGUGUUGUAAUAGUUGUUUGUCUUCUUUUGAUCGUGGGACUAGAUAUCGCCGCUGGUUUCAUGGGAUUGCAAGCCGAAGCCGCCCAACAAGAUGUGAAGCACACGAGGGUGUGGCUGCUCGAGUGUAAAGCUCCAAGCCAAACAGCUUUUGUGUUAGGGAUAGUAGCACUUGUGUGUUUGAUAUCAGCUCAUCUCAUUGCCAACAUGAUCGGAUGCAGUAUCUCCAAUAUGGCCAAAGCAUUCGCCGGCGUACCUAAGAUCACUGGAUACAUCAACGUAGCCUGCUUUUGUCUCACUUGGAUCGUAGGACUGGUGGGAGCAGGGGCUCUUGCGAUGGGGAUUUGGUCGAACAGAGAGUCGAGAUCAAAAUGUGGAUUCACAAACAAACAUGUUCUCUCUUUAGGAGGCAAAGUGUGUUUCCUUCAUGCCAUUGUCUCCAUCGUUUUUUACGUAUCGAAUGUUAUCGCUAAAAAAAGUUGUUGUUUCUGA